AUGGCAGAGCACCACAGCUGCUCCCGGCGGCUUCCAGCAGCCGCCUCCGGGAAGACGCGGCAAAGAGCAGGCAGCGGCAGCUGCGGUGGCGGCCGCGGCAGCACCACAUCCCCCUCCCGUUCGCUUCCUCCCCCUCCCUGCACCCUCCCCCGCUGCCAUGGCAACGCGGCGCCAAGGAGAUUAGCCCCGCCCUUCCCUCCGGUCCCCGCCUCUCGCGACCCCCUCCGGAGGGGGCUCGGCCCGCCUCCCGGUAUCUCCUCCCACCUCCUACCUAAGGGCGGGCCCCGGACCUCGCAGGCCGUGCUGAACUGCGGGUGGGAAGGAAGGGAGAUGCAGUGUCCGGAAGGGCGGGGUUCGCACGGAAGGCAGGGCGGAGACGUGGUGGGCCAGUGCCGGUUUCGGGCUGAGGAGGGGCUGGGAAGGCGGGAAAAAUGGAAAGGCCUCGCCUGUCCCGGCAGGACCUAUAGGAGUGUGGCGGAGCGCGGCGCGGCCGCUGAGUGGCCAAGAAGGCGCGGGGGCGGGGCUAGGGUGGCCUUCCCGGCCGGUCGGCUGGAGAAGCCUGUGCUGGGACUGCAGCGACGACCCCCAACAGCCCGAGCUUCUGUGGGUUUCCCCAAGAGCUUUCCGCCAUGGGUCGGGCUUUGAAAGCGCUGUAGGAAGCGGUAAAGCAUUAAUAUGAACUUAAAGUGAUAUCACACUCGCUUCACUGAAAUUUUAAGUGGAAACUGAGCUCAGCGUGUUUGUGGUGAAAAAAAGGACUUUGGAAUCAGAUCCAAAAUUUAAUAAGCAUCGCAUUUCCUGAGCCCUCAUUAAGUGCUAGGGACUGAGGAAAACAGAGGAAAGGAAAUUAAGAUUACUUGAGGAAGAACUAAGCACUUAAUAUGUGUCAUUACACUUAAUUCUCACAGAAGUCCUAUUUCACAGAGGGUAAAACGGAGCAUCAGUUAAGGGGUGUCACAGCACCUAGAUACAACAUGGCAACCAAGCAAGGCUAUUCCUCAGGAAAACUGUAAGGUAACAGCCAGUAUCAGUUGCCAAACACAUGAGUGAAAAAGCCUUCAUAUUAUUCCAACUCCAGCCUUAGAGCCUUCUAGCUGAGGCCCCUUCAUCACAGUAGAGGAGGACAUGGGAGAAUAAGGCUUUUGUGUGGAGAGACCAAGAAGGCAUGGGUGUGUAUUUGAAGAAUAGACACAUUCGGAACCUAUUGGAUUCAGGUCACAGAUGUCAAGGACCCAUUCUUGAAGAGUUGUUUCAGUGUAAGUCUGCUCCCCCUGUAAAAUUCCAGAGGACUCUAGAGACAGUCACUAUUCAGUGACCUUUCUAUCCCUAUCAACUGACUAUCCAGUCAUCAGUUGAGUAGGAACUCCAAACUGUGUAUUCUCAGAACCCUUGACCACAGGCUUUCCACUUGAGAGAUGAGGCAUAGCAACACCCUGCCCUGCCAUGAUCCUAUCCAUGCCACAAUGUUUACCAGCCCCAGGAAAACUCAGAAAACUGAAGUGACCAUUCUGGGAACCCAGCAAGGUUUGGCUUACUUUUACAUCAUGGAGAAAUAAAGCAUUAUAGAGCA